AAAUCGCGAUGUUGAUUACAAUCUUCUUUAGCAAUCGGCCGACAUAUUGAAAAAAACUGCGGUCCCGUGAAAUUGAGGCGCUCCGUGAAAAUUACGAAUAACUACUGCAAAUCAAUAGUUAAAUUAACAAAUUAACUGUGAACAAUUAGAUUGCCAUCAGAGUGGAAACAAAAGGGAGAGAGGGAUUGGAGGAGGGCCAAAGGUCGAAAAUAGCUCGAGCUGAGGCGCAGAAAAUAGAUCACCAGAUCAUGCCCACAGAGCUCAAAGCGGGAGAUACAGAAAUGACGAAGCCGGAAGAGAGCCAUCUGCUGCAGCUGCUUGCGCAACUGGAGAAGGUGCCACGCCCCCAGCUGCAGCAGAAGUUCGUCGCCCACUUCAGAAAGGGCGUGAAGGGUACUCAGCAGAGCAACUGCAGCCUGGAGGAGUUUGCCACCUACUUUUUAGGUGCACUGCGUCAGAGCACAAAGCAGUACUACUAUACGCGGAACUCGGAGACACCCGUGUUCCCCUUGACACCCAUCCGUCAGGUCAAGCCGCCGGUUGCUGAUAUGACCAAGGAGGAGGAUCAGCACCAGCUCAAUGAGUCCUCAAUCCUUAGCCGGAGUAGUUGCAGUGUGACAUCCAAUUCGAAUACGACUCCGGCACGUCAGCAGCCGCAGGGCAGAAGGUCAACGCCAGGAAGUGGCGCACAGUUUUGCAGCACGCCCAACAGAAGCGGUGGCGGAGGAGCAGGAAGUGGGCACAGCAUCUGCUUGGGUAACUUUCUGGUCAACACACCUAUUCAGAGCCAGCAGCGAUCCAAGAAGAAGACCACACCCCAGCAACAGCAGCAAAAUCAAAAUUCGGCCGUGGGUUCUGGAACUGGAGCAGGAGCCACACCGCAAUCCAAGCCGCGACGACGGGUCUUACCCAUGACCAUCAGCAAGAAUGUUUCGGCCAGCUCCUCUUUUGGAGACACAAGUUCAUUUAGCAAUGAAAAUAACCUUUGGCGAAUCUCGCAGAGCAGCGAAAUCUUUGACAGAAGCCAAGAAGCGGCCCUGGAAAUGGAGGCCCGCAAGUUCCUGUUGCUCAAAAAGCAGGAGAUCAAAAGCGAAGCGCCAGUGAAUGUCAGUCAACAGGAGAGGACGCCGGAAGAUGAGGUAUUCGUGGAGGAAGCCUUCAGCUUGGAGGAUGUGGCCAAUACAAACCAAUUGCAGCUCCUGUCAACCAUUUACAGUCUGUUGAUUGACCUAAAUUUAGUGCCCAACGUACUAGGUGAACUUAGUUUUGUGCUCCAGCUGCUGAAUGUGCGAGAUUUUGGCCAAUCACCCGUCGAGUCAGAUCUACCCAGUGCUUUGCAGGGACUUACCCAGUACAAAAGUUGUGUAUACUUUGCAGUAAAACUGCUGGAGAACCAGAAAAGUUUACUUCUGCAGCUUGACAAAAGGACUUUGGGGAUCUUGCUACAAAACGAAAGAUUGAGUCUGCUGCCCCCAGGAGUUGUCCAAGAACUGGAAACUUACUAUCAGCAUAGGCAGGAGUUAAUCACAUCCUUCACUAUGGACACCUCUUCGUCCGCACAGCAGAAUGUGUACUAUCACGUGGAGAAGGACUCGCGGGAUAACUUUCCUGCGCAGAAGGAGUUCGGGGCCUUCAAGUCCCAAAGAGACCUCUUUUACAAAGCCCUUAAGCAGUGGGAGCUGAGCCAUCUGAAUCGCGUUUUCAACUUUGCCAGCGAACUGGGGCCACGUAUUAGGGAUAUCUUUAAAGUGUCGGAGCAUCCAGUGAACAUGACGCACCUGGCGAAACUAUUUGUCAAUCAAUUGUUGAUCUCCGCCACCGAGACCACCGAAUCUCCCGAAGAACUGGGCUUAAAGCUGGAUCCCCUCAGGCACAACAAACUGGCUCAGCGCCUGGUGACCUCCAGUUCCAGUGUGGAAGGUCAGUUUCCCCGAUCCCAGGCCUUCUUUCGCGACUUUAUCGCUGGAUGCUCAUCUGUGGCAUUUUUGGUGCACCUGAAGCUGGAGCUCUUUGCGCAACUAAUGCGUCACAACGACUCCACCUUUGACCUGCUCCAGUUGACUGAGGAUGUGGGUGCCGACGAGCAGUCUGCUCAGCAGGGACCAUACAUUGUUCGCGUCCAGGCCAUGGCCAACAUGCUAAUCCUGGCCAAGUUUUUGGGCUACGUAACUGUGAUGCCUUUCAGUGGGACCACGCAACAUGGAAACCCAACGCCGCCACAUCUUUGCCCACAGCAGUUGCAGCUUCGUAGCCAUUUUCAUCCGGACUUUAAUCUCCGCGAGAUACUCGAACGCUCCAUGCGGCAGGGCAAGCUGCUGAUCACGCUUCCGUGGCUAGUUCAAUACUUGGCGAUGCUCGACUUGGUCAGCCUACAUCUUCCGGACGCAGUGGCCACUUUGGAGCUGCUGUACGGACUGUAUGCCGCCAUACGUAUGGAAAAAUUACAGCCCGCAGCUGUGUUCAUAGCCAGGAGUUGCAUUGGAUGGCUUUUGGACGCUCAGCCACAGUUGGUUAAUGGGUACUACAGUCACCGGGCACAGGAAGCCGGAGUUGGAAGCAUUUCGUCAAUUGUGGAUACCUGCCUAAAGGGCCUCUGUAGUCACGAUAAAUCGUAUGCCCCCGUGUUGGAUGAACUUCUGCCAGUGGCUUGUCCUUUCCUGCAGGAAUUCCGGGUGAGCAUUACGCCCUCCAGACAAGCGAGAAGUGGGCGAUUCCGGUAUAUAACCACUCGGUUGGAGCAGUUGCAGCAGAACAGCAGUUCGAUUUCUAAGGAGGCGAUAGUUGCCAGCGAACUAAGUCCCUCGGAGCAGCAGCAGCGUAAAUUGGCCGAUGCCUUUCUCCAUUCCCAAAACGCAUCCACCAGGAGGUUGAUAGAGUUCGUCACGGAACGCAGUUUUAAGUGUGUAGUCAAGGACGCCCAGCAAGAGAUUCUGAUUCCGUCGAAGGCAUCUGCGGAUGCCAAAGUCAACGAGAUCAGCUCCACGAAGCGCGAGGAGGUUUUUCAGAAGCUGCACGAGAUCUUUCAAGAUGCGAGGGAGAAGGCGUGCCAGCUUUGGAAGGAGCAUGUGCAUCAAAUGCUGGACAAGCGCAUAGGGCAAUCCCUGGAGGCCCUUUUGCCUGCAACCACCAAUGCGGUUUUGCGGUCUACAUAUGCUCAUCUAAUCCGCGUGCAAGCUCAGUCUCAGCUGCAGCAGUGGCUCCAGUCCAGCGUGCUUCAGUCCACAUUUUAUCAUGGCGAUCUUCAGGAGCUAGCCACCAAAGUGUGCAACUCCAAUAGGAACAAGGCAGAUGCCGCGGCUACAGGUGGCGGCGGCUCCAGUGAGCUCCAACUCAGUCCGGAUGUUGGAUUCAGCCUGUCAGAGCUGCUCUACCAGCUGCAGCAAUGGCUGCACUGUCUGAGUUUGUGUCCAGAAUAUGUGGGCAGUCGUGAGGAUCUGGCCGAGUUGCUUCGAAAAUCCCAAAAGGCGGUCCUGUUUCCUCAAAUGCCCACUGUUUUCUAUCACCUUAUUGGCUCUGGAUUAGUUCAUCUGCUCCAGUUGCUCAUCACCAGAAAACCGAAUUUUCUCGACAAGGAUGUAAUCUCAGCCAGCUGUUCGGUGUGGCGGUCACCACAGCUCUUGGCCAGUGAAGCUUCACCCGGAAUCUUCGAGGGCUUGAUCAGCAUUAGUUUUGUGCAGGAGAUGGGCAACAAUGCGGACAGCUUUCGGAUGCUGGAAGUGAUCCUUAGAUCAAUGCUACAGUCUGGAGCUAUACGGGCGGAUCAACUUAACGAACUCUUCAUGCCGCUCUUUGCCAAGAACUGGUCGCCGGAAGUGUGGAGCAUUCUUUCCGACCUUCUGCAGAAACUCUCGCUCACCGGGAAAGAUUCCGAUGCCCAUGACGCCUCUGGUGAUAGUCCCGAAGACGAGGCCAAGUCGCAUCUCUUCAUGGAGAUGCUGGCCGAUUUAUCACGCGAUCUGGAUAACUUUUAAGUUUAAAACUGUUGGUUAUGUCAUUUAACGUUCAUGUUUCGAAUAAACUGUUCCGUUUUUGUA